AUGGUCAACUUGGACGAAUUCCCUGUCGUUGUAGCUCAAUCGACAGAUGACUUUCGUGAGAAUAAUGAUCUUUCUGAUUAUGGCUUGAUGAGGUUUGCAUUUAACAAUCCGGUGGGAGCUAAUGUCUCAACAGUUAUAUUUGGUUAUCCAACGGAAGGUGAUUUUGAAAAUUGUCCAAAUGAUGGAAAAACUCUUUGUAAGUGGGAAGGAGAAACAAAAUUGGAAAGUGAUAAUUAUGUUAUAACUGAUGAAGAUCUUGGGACAUCUGCAAGCGGAGGUCAUUGGAUAAUGCUAAGAGGAAAAAACGCCACUGGUGUUAGCGGGCCUGUUGUAGGUAUUGAUUUAGGCACAACUAAUUCUUGUGUGGCGGUAAUGGAAGGUAAUUCACCAAAAGUGCUUGAGAAUUCAGAAGGUGCAAGAACAACACCAUCAAUAAUAGCAAUAUCAAAAGAUGGUGAAUUAUUGGUUGGUCAAGCUGCUAAGCGCCAG